UGGGAUAUCGCGAAACGCUCAAGCAUGGGGGCGCGCCGACCGCGAAAGCCGCUGCGUCUCGACGUGCAUGACGGCAAGCACGACGAUGACGAUGCAAUCCACGAGGAGAAGGACGAGCUUGAGAUCUCUUGCGACAUUGGCGAAACAACGUUUCGGAAAGGGUCGCUCUCGAUCAACAGCGACGGCGUUCGGAUGGGUCGACGUGAUGACACAUCACCGAUCUUCAAGGUGAGCGGUGUUGACCACCACCGGCUUGUGCACGUCAGCCUCUUGGGUCGCGGAUGCAGCGGCAACGUCAUCAAGGCGCACGACCCCGAGACCAACGCGUUCUACGCGAUCAAGACUGUCAACAACGUCUACGAUAAAAGCCAGCGCAACCAGAUAUUCACCGAGAUCCAAACUCUGUACAGUCUCAAGACUCCCUGGCUUGUGGACUUUUAUGGGGCGUACUUCAAGGACCACGCUCUGAGCUUGAUCUUGCAGUUUUGCGACUGUGGAUCCCUCGACAAUGUUGUCAAAAAGAUUGGGCGCAUUCCCGAGGCCAUUCUAGCUUGCAUGACGUUCCAAAUCCUUAGCGGGCUACAACAUCUAAAAGAACAUCGUCAUUUCCACCGCGACGUCAAGCCCCAGAAUAUCCUCGUGACGAGCGACGGCCAUGUGAAGCUAACGGAUUUCGGUCUCGCGCGCGAGCUAUCGGGCACAUUCGACAUGGCAAACACGUUUGUGGGCACAUUCAAGUACAUGUCCCCCGAGCGCAUCCAAAACCAGCCUUACGACUACACGUGCGAUAUAUGGAGCUUGGGUCUGGUUCUUGUCGAGUCGGCGACCGGACGCUACCCGUUCGAGAACUGCUCGAGCUACAUUGACAUUGUGCAGUCGAUCAUCGAAGCGACAACGCCUUCGUUGUCCCCCGACGAAUUUUCCGACGAAUUUCGCGAGUUUAUCGACGGCUGCUUGCACCGAGACAUUCGCCACCGCGCGUCGGCCGACGAGCUGCUCUACUCGCCGUGGCUCGAGAAGCACGAUGCGAUGGACGGCCCGACCUGCAUUGCGGCUGUUCGCACAUGGCUCGACCGAAACAUGUAGCAGUGGCGAUGACAGACAGAAAUGCAGAUGUAUAAGCUAGCGUUAGUCGACGAGCUUGUAUCCGAGAUGGAUGCUAUCC